AUGAAUAUCAGUAACACCACUGCCAUACCAAAUACAACUAACUCAAAUUCGAAUAUCUUCACUUUUAUGGGCUAUUAUUGCCUAUUAAUAGUCAUACUCGGUACAAUAUUCAAUCUCUGCCCAUUCGCUGUCCUGUUUCGAUCAGUGUUUCGGAAUACCCAGGCUCGUCCAAUGAUCCACUAUAUGCGUGCAAUAGCAAUCAUCGAUUUUCUUGGUCUGUACGGAUGGACUCUCGAUACUUAUUUCAAUAUGAUCUAUGGAUUUACACUGAAAAAUUCGUAUACAGUUGCAUCGUGUAAAUUCUCUAUGUUUUUCAACUAUUGGACACUGCAGAUCUCGGCAUGGCUGCAUGUUUUUGUUUGUUUUGAUCGAUAUUUGUUUAUGAGUCGAAUACAACCAAAUACAUGGUUCAAUCGAUCAAAAAGCGUCCUGAUCAUCAUUGGUUGUAUCGUCGGAAUCNUUUUCAUGUAG